AGUCUUUUCCAAACCCAUGGACUUACAAAGCCAAGCAACAGCAGCAUAAAGGAAGGGGUUUUGGAAUUCUGAUUUGCCAGUGUGGGCGGGCGGGCGCCAAACUAGAGAUAGAAAGAGAAACGGAGAAGAACACUAGACUCAGACUCGAUUCGACUCGUGUUGACUUCUACCCUACGAUGCGUGGCUUCAACUGACAUCUGAUAAUGGGGAUCAGAGAAUUCGCUACACGAGUCAAUGGCCGACAAUUACAUCCAAAAAACUUUCAAUAUGAUACUACAUGCAUUGAUUUUGAAUCCUUUAUCGAUUCUUUCACAGCUCUGUUAAAACCCUAAAAACUAUCAUAGAUUCAUCAAACACAGCUUUUUGGAGGAAAUGGCAGAAGUGCAUAAGGUUUUGUAUAUUGUGAUUGUUGAUGGAGAUCACAACAAUAAAAUGGAGAAGAAAGGUGAUAAAAUUGGGAAGGAGACGUUUCGAUAUACUCGUUCUGUGUUACAGAGUACUCUUCAACUCAUGGGAUGCAAAGCUCGCCAUGCUUUUAAGAUUAGCAAACGGGUUUUUGAGAUUGUGAAAUGUCGAAGCUCAAGUGACGCAGCAGCUAGUGUGGAUUUGUUUGGAGAUGAAAUGUCUACUUGUGGUCGUCUUGGCAAAGCUCAGGUGGGCAAUAAUUUAGAUAUAGAGGGCGGUGGAAAUAAAAGUUUAUCGUCAGAGUCAUACAAAAGGCGCACAACAGUAUUCAUCAGGAGAGGGAAAUUCUUGGAUAUUGUAUGUGAAGCCCUAUCAGAGUAUAAAUAUGUGGGCCCAAAUCAAAGGGAAGAUUUGAUUUUGGCUUGCAGAAUUCGUGAAAGGAAGGAAUCCAUGGCAAUCUUGUUGUGUGGCACUAGUGGCUGCGGGAAGUCUACCUUGUCUUCGUUGCUGGGCAGCAGAUUGGGUAUUACUACUGUUAUAUCGACAGACUCUAUAAGACACAUGAUGAGAAGUUUUGUUGAUGAAAAACAAAAUCCGUUACUGUGGGCAUCAACCUAUCAUGCAGGGGAAUACCUGGAUCCCGUUGCUGUUGCAGAAGCAAAGGCUAAAAGGAAGGCAAAGAAGGCUGGAAAUACUAAUUUGUUUUCAAAAGGAUUGUCCGAUAAUUUUCAAAAUGGGAAAACUGAUCAUCAGAAGCUAGAUGUGGCUUUAAAUAGUUCUGAGUUGAUCAGUUCAAAACAAAUGGCCAUUGAGGGUUUUAAGGCCCAGAGUGAAAUGGUCAUAGAGAGUCUUGAUCGGCUUCUUACUGCAUGGGAAGAUCGGAAAGAGUCAGUUAUCGUUGAAGGGGUACACUUGAGUCUUAAUUUUGUGAUGGGGCUUAUGAAGAAACAUCCUUCUAUUAUACCGUUCAUGAUAUACAUAACUAAUGAGGAUAAACACUUGGAAAGGUUUGCGGUUCGUGCAAAGUACAUGACCUUAGAUCCUACAAAAAAUAAAUAUGUAAAGUACAUUAGAAACAUUAGAACAAUACAGGAAUAUUUGUGCAAUAGAGCUGACAAACAUCUUGUCCCAAAGAUUAACAACACUAACGUGGACAAAAGCGUGGCAGCAAUCCAUGCCACAGUUUUCAGUUGUUUAAGGAGGCGUGAAGCUGGAGAGCAGCUGUAUGACCCUACCACUAACACUGUAAGUGCUGUCUGUGAGGAAUUUAGAAAUCAGUGUGCAGCAGAUUCUCUGAGUUCCAAAGGGAUGUUUCAACUCAUUCAAAGGCAGGGUUCAUCUAGACAUUUGAUGGCUCUUCUUAACAAUGACGGCUCUGUUGCAAAGGUUUGGCCAGUUAAUUCUAUUGACUGUAAAGGGAACCAUGUCCUGGGUCGUGGUGCUGAUACCGAGAUAGGAACUCCUAUGUAUGGACCAUUGCACAUUGGUAAGGCUGAACUGGUCAAUCUGCAGUUUGGUCACUUUGGUUUAAGUGCAUGGCCUAGUGAUACUGGGGGCACAAGCCAUGCUAGCAGUGUUGAUGAGUCUAGGGCUGAGUGGACUGAAAUAGAUACUGGCAGCAAAUAUUACUCUUCCUGCUGCAGUUCUCCCCAUAUGUCCGAUGGACCUGCCAAAGAGCUCAAGGAAGAGAGCUCAGUUUCCGGCAGUGAUGAAGAGGUUGAUGAUCCACCCGAGAUGGAUAGUGAUGAGGACUUGAGUGAUGGUGGCGACCACACUCCUGAAGAGAUUGAAGGGUCUGUUGAUGAGGAAUCGACAAAGUCAGAUGAAGAGUAUGAUGACUUAGCAAUGCAGGAUAGCCAAGAAUGUGGCUACUUGUCCGACGAUGAUGAAGAUAACUCGAAUUGGAGCAAUUUGUCAGCUCUUGUGAAUAAUAGUAAAAAAGGGGAUAAAUAUCGGCUAACUCUCGACAUGUUUUUGAGGACUAAAAGUGAACCUCUGUCCGAGACAUUGGAUUCAUAUACUCCUGUGUUUGCCAAGAGUGAUAAGAAGAUCCAGCAGGGAAAUAGUAGGCUGAGAAAACGUUCUCUCAGCAUUCCGACCUUUGGGAAACAUGGAAAUCCGGCUGAGGCUGUAACACCUGCAGUGCCGGAGCCUUAAUCGCAACAUUUUCAUUUACGAAAGUCUAACCCAACAGUUUCCAAGUGUUGUCACUCUUUUGGUGACGUCUUGUUGAUUGCCUAGAUAGCUUUUUUCUGUUAGGGCCUAGGGGGCAUGUCACAUGCAGACUAGUGAUAUAGCCUGUCUUAAAUGUACAGCUGAUAUCUGCUUGUAUCUUCAAAACUUUGUGCCAUCUCGGCUGUUAAUAAUAAGGUUUUGCAUGUAUGCCAUUAUGUCACAUUUUGUUUAUAGAUAAAAUAGGUUUCUACAA